GAUGCACAAUAUGACAACCAUGUCGCCCUCUCAAAAUAUGGCUUAUUCUCAACUGACGAUGUCUGAACCUCUGAAGUCUGAUGGGCCAGAUUUAAAUUUCCGGCAGGUUUCUUCCUGUGCUCUGUGCUUUGCAAAAUAACCUUACUUUUUUCAGCAUGUCAUUUUCUAAACACUUCAUUUUUUACAAAUAAUAUGCCAUAGAAUUAUUUUAUUCAUUAUAUAUAUCCUAGAAAUCAAGACUGGACAUUCAAUAAGUCGUGUAGAGGAACCAAGAGCAUGAGUUUCAGUUCAACAUUGCAAAGAGAAGGAAAUCCCUUCAGCAACAGUCCAAGAAGUGGCAACACAGCCUAGAGAUGGUGCUUGAUAGUUAUAAUGAUAUUAUUGUCAAAGAUGAACACUGGGAUGGAGUUAACCAGGUGAAAAUGGAGAAUCAGUUAGUAGUUAGUGUUAAAUCUGAAACACCAGAAGCAGAACAAACUGUGAACAACACAGAGUUAGGAAAUAUGGACACUUUGAUGCUAAAUGAAGAGUUUGACAUCAAAUAUGAAUGUGAAGAUGCCAUAUUUGAUAGAAUUAAAGUUGAAGAGAAAUUAGAGCCUGGACUUGAAGCUGAUUCGAUAGCAGAUACAGUUAACCAGAUGAAAAUGGAGUUCCAAGAAUCUGACAAGCUGGAAGAAAAACCAGAUUUAAGGAGCACAAAUCUUGAAAAUAUGUACGCGUUGGGGCUACAUCACGGAUUUGACAUCAAAACUGAGAGUGACCAAAGUGACGAGCAUGAUUCGGCGUCCGAUAGACUACCAAUAAAGAAAACGCGGGAAAAGGAACAACGAAAUCCAGCGAUGGAAGAAGGAAAAAAGUCGUUCAGCUGCUAUAAAUGUAACUAUACGAGCCAUUGUAAAAAGGGUUUGAUCGGUCAUAUCAAAAGAAACAAUUGCUAUUUAGGAUCUAGUUUGGGAAAAUCAGGUUCUCAUUUGGUUAAAAAACAUGUAGGAUCUAUUGCGUUAGUUUCAUCUAAAAUACAUGAAUGCACAUUGUGUUAUUUUAAAACCGCUUAUAAAGGUGAUUUAACCAGGCAUAUGCUGAAGCAUACUACUAAACUACGCAUAUGCAAACAUUGUAAUACAUCAUUUAAAACAGAACGAUCGCUUUUUGCCCAUAUUUUAAAGAUACAUCCCAACUUUAGCGGGACAAUUUCUAGUAAGAUAUAUGAAUGUAUGCAUUGUGCACAUAAACAAAUAGCUAGGAGUAGUUUUAUAAAGCACCUGGCAAAACAUGAUAUCCAAACGACAUUCAAGUGUAGAAACUGUGAUGCUUCAUUUAAUACUAAACGACGCUUAGAAAGCCAUACUUUACAUAAACAUCCUAAAAUACGUGAAUGUGCACAAUGUGAAUAUAAAACUGCAAUUAAAUACUGCUUAGCUAGGCAUAUGAUCAAACAUACUGGAGCUAAGCUCAAGUGUACAAAGUGUGAAAAGUCAUUUACAACCAUACGAACAUUAGACGAUCACAUUUUGCGGGAACAUCCUGAGUUUACUACUUCUGUAUCUAGUAAGAUACAUAAAUGUACAUAUUGUGAAUAUAAAACUACAUAUAAGGGGAAUUUAGUUAGCCAUAUGAUGAAACAUACUGGAGCUAAGCUCAAGUGUACAAAGUGUGAUGCGUCAUUUACAACCAUACGAACAUUAGACAACCACAUUUUGCGAAAACAUCCUGAGUUUACUACUUCUGUAUCUCGUAAGAUACAUAAAUGUACACAUUGUGAAUAUAAAUGUCUGGAAAAGCAGCAACUCAUCAGACAUAUGAUGAAACAUACUGGAGCUAAGCUCAAGUGUACAAAGUGUGAUGCGUCAUUUACAACCAUACGAUUAUUAGACAACCACAUUUUGCAAAAACAUCCUGAGUUUACUACUUCUGUAUCUAGUAAGAUACAUAAAUGUACACAUUGUGAAUAUAAAACUACAUAUAAGGGGAAUUUAGUUAGCCAUUUGAUGAAACAUACUGGAGCUAAGUUCAAGUGUACAAAGUGUGAUGCGUCAUUUACAACCAUACUAUCAUUAGACAACCACAUUUUGCGGAAACAUCCUGAGUUUACUACUUCUGUAUCUCGUAAGAUACAUAAAUGUACACAUUGUGAAUAUAAAACUACAUAUAAGGGGAAUUUAGUUAGCCAUUUGAUGAAACAUACUGGAGCUAAGCUCAAGUGUACCAAGUGUGAUGAGUCAUUUACAACCAUACGAUUAUUAGACAACCACAUUUUGCGAAAACAUCCUGAGUUUACUACUUCUGUAUCUCGUAAGAUACAUAAAUGUACACAUUGUGAAUAUAAAUGUCUGCAAAAGCAGCAUCUCAUCAAACAUAUGAUGAAACAUAUUGGAGCUAAGCUCAAGUGUACAAAGUGUGAGGCGUCAUUUAUAAGCAAACGAUCUUUAGACAACCACAUUUUACGGAAACAUCCUGAGUUUUCUACUUUUGUAUCUCAUAAGAUACACAAAUGUACACAUUGUGAAUAUAAAUGUCUGGAAAAGAAGCAACUCAUCAGACAUAUGAUGAAACAUUGACAUCCAUACAAUCAUUAGACGAUCACAUCUUGCGGAAACAUCCAGAGUUUACUACUUCUGUAUCUAGUAAGAUACAUAAAAUUGUGACUAUAAAACUAUAUAUAAGGGAAAUUUAGCUUACCAUAUGAUGGAACGUACUGGAGCUAAGUUCACGUGAACAUUUGCAAGAAAAUAAUAAGGUACACCGGGGCAAGUGUGACCCAAAAUUUCAAUAGUUCAACUUUUUCGCGUUGUAUUUCCUAUUUUUAAUUAUGAUAUUCACUGAAAUUUUGAGAGUAUAGUCUUAAGUAUAUGUAGAAACGAAAUCUACAAACACAAAACAAAAUCAGUAUAGAUUUUUUUCUAGAAAUUAUUUUUUUCAUGUUAGAAUAAUGGUUUACACUUCCCCAGCAAAUUGGGGCAAGUGUAAAUACGCUGUCUGAAUUACUACAAAAGUGUUGAGACUUGAUUGGGGCUAGUGUAAAUAAAAGAAGAGACUAAAUAUAAUCAGAUUUUUUUACUAGGAAAAAUCACUUAGGAUAUAUUUUGCUCAAAUGUGAUGUUGAAAUGGAAGUGUCCUCUUCUGUGAAUAUCUGGGGCAGAUGAAGAUGAAGAUCCCGAGCGUCUUGCAAAUUUUGCUUCUAAACAUGGCUCUACUUCUGUUACUUGCCCUACAUAAAAUUUAAAUGGUUUUUUAGUAGCAAAUUUUACUAGAAUCCAGUCCCCUAUUUUCAGUUCUUGAGGAUCUUUCUCCAGGUAUUUCACGAAUUCUUCUUCUUCACGCAAAUCAUUUACUUCAUCGUCUAAGUCAAAAUCAUCAUCUGAAGUAUUGACUUCCAUUUCUUCAAAACUAUCUUCAUCUGUGUCUUCUUCGUAUACUUGCUUUCUUUUCAAUUUUUUACCAUCUUUCUUAGUUGUCGACUUCUUUGGUUUUUUAAUUUUGUUUGCUUUCUCGUUCAAUUUAGCAACUGCUUCCAAGGAUGUAAUAACUUCGGCACCUAUACAUACUCUCUUUCUGAUCGAUUUCGCUGGUUUUGGCAUCUGUUUUAGCUGUUCUAAGAGAAUGCUCUCAAAACUUUUUGUGUUGUUAACUGGCGGAUUCUGGUGUUCUGAACUGGUCGAUGGCAUUUCCGGAUUUAUUGAAUUUACUGACGAUGUCUGCGGAGUUAUUGGUGGUACUGUUGAAGUGGAUGGCAAAUUAAAACGCUCUUCUAAUGUUGAUCGUAAAUUUGGUUGCGCUACUUGUACUUCUUCCGGAUUAUUAUUUUUGCAGUUUGAAUCACACCACCUUUUAUAUGCUUCUGGAUCGUAAUGUUCAACGGGAAUGACCUCAUUAUUAAAAGGAUAUAUCCCCCCUUUCUCAAAUCCUUUGAUAAGUAACGAAGGGUUUACUUGUGACCAGAUUUUUGAUAAAAUGGUACAAAACAUAGGUUUUGGUAGUUUCGUACCAUAGUUUUGUCUCUGCCAUUUUAUGAGCUCUGCAUCCCAUGCCAUUUUUAAUGACUUAAAAACACAUAAAUCCAUAGGUUGUAGCAGAUGGCUGGAAUGAGGCGGAAGUUUCAAUAUAAUCACAUCAUUAGCUAUUGCCUUUUAUAUCAAAGAAAUACUAAUGUGAGACGUGUGACCGUCAUAAAUUAAUACAGUAGGUCUGUCUUUGCCAAUAUUUGGUAAAAAAUUGUUUUCAAAAUAUUUUUGAAAGGUUUCCGUUUCCAUCCACCCAUUUUUAGUGGCUGAAUAAGUCAUUCCCGGGUAUUCCUCAGUUGGAAUCCAACUAUUCCAUAUGUGUUUACCCUUGAACACUACGAGUGGAGGAAGUUUUUCACCUGCAGCGUUUCCCCCAAGGAGAACUGUUAUAUUCUCUCGUGCUGGACCACUUGUUGUCCUAUGGGCUGCUCUACCCUUCUCUCCAACAACUUUUAUCCGGGAUGGAUCCAGGCAGAAACCGGUUUCAUCAAUAUUAUAAAUUUGCGAUGCUGGGAUAUUUUCAAUAUGCUGUUUGAGGGUAUUGAAGUAAUCAUACAUAACAAAUGGAUCCAUAGACCUCUUUCGAGCCACUUCCACAGAUUGCGGUUUUUUUCUGGCUUAAAUGAAAUGGUUUCGUGAAUCUGACGAAAUAAUCAUUGCCAGGAUCUCCAUUCUUGAAAGGGGUUACUAUAUUAUUAUCUUUCACAUACCGCCCAAUUAGUUGAAGAACUUCUCUCUUUGAUAAUCCCAUACCCCAUUUUUCGAGUAUUUUAAUACUGUAGGAAAAUUUUUGUUCUACAUCAUAAGGCAGAGCUGGUUCCCUACCCCCCGUAUUACUUUUUAUACCCCGUUUACCCUUUACAUGAGUAAAUAAAGUAGCUUUGGGUAUUUUGUACAAUAAUGCAGCUCUAUAUAAUGUUAGAGUACCUCUUUGCACAGCUUGUACUGCCUCUUUCAAAUCGUUUUUGCUAUAGGCUGGAGGAGUUUUCUUACGUAUGUAAUUCCGGAUCAUGUUCUGAAAACAACGGGAAAGUGUAAACGUAAUAGAAUUAUUGGGGCAAGUGUAACCUACCAUAUUUCAUACUUGCCCCAAGGGAGUUUUUUUUGGGGGCAAGUGUAAACCACAACAUUUAAAAAAAAAUUCUUUAAAAUUCAGAAAAGAUAAGUUUAUUUACUAAUAGAUAAUACCUUUAAUGGAGUGCUUACCAGAAAUUACGAUGAAAAGUCGUCAAAGUUUUAAUACAAAGAGAUUUUUAUAAGAGACUACAGAACUGCGUCGUCAACUGUAAAUGCAAACACACUAAGUAACGAAAUGUGAUGAAGCGUUCGUUUUGCUAGCGCGCAAGACAUCUAUUGCGAUGCUUAGCCGGUAUCAUAAUAAACCUACUUGGCCAUAGAUGGCGCCAUUAUGAUAGAAUUUAAGACCACAAAUUGGCAUAGGUUACACUUGCCCCGUAUUUACACUUACCCCGGUUUACCUUACUUAGACAACCACACUUUAAAGAAACAGCCUGAGCUUACCGCUUCUGGUAGCAAAUUGAAUAAAUUUCUGGAUCGUACAAAUUUCAAUACGUCGAGUCAUAAUAACUACGAAUGCUGUAAUGUGACAUUUCAUUGUAAAUAGACAUUUCUUGAUCACGUAAUAAAAAAUCAUGGAGAUAUUAUUCGAUUAACUAUUAAAAAUUAUCGCGUAAAAUACUGAUAAUGGUUGUAUUCAUCAGAAUAUAUUCAUACAGGGUAUCCUGAAAGAGCAGCGAAAUUGAAGAAGAAUACUAGCUAUUCAUAUCUUCAAGUACUGCCUCGUCACAUUUUGUUUGUAAGCACUGCUUCACGUUGUUGCUGUUCGAUUCAAAAACACGAGUUUGCUUAGUUAUUCCUAAAUUUGCAACAUUUGGUGCUGUCUAGGUCUUCGACUGUGUCCAACCAGACGACUUUUGCACUAUAAAAAUAGAUAUAUGCAGCUCUGAUGAAAAAAAAACAUCGAGGACGACGGCGACGUUCUAAGUGCACUCGCGGAGUAUAAAGACAAUGUUUAAGAUGCUCAUAUCAAAUCUAUAACAUCGUUAUUGCUGUAGGAAAGAAUAGGAAUAUUUCACUGACAGCAAACUGAAAAAAAUCUCAUGAAGAUGACAUUUGAUAAGUGUUGCGACUUUUUUUUGUUGUAAUAGUUGCAUAGAUUUUACGAAUUAGAAGGUUCUCUACUACUUACUCGUUUACUAGUUCAUAAGAUACGAUAUAGAUAGAUAUGAAUAUAUGUAUCUGCUACCCUUGCUAAAAUUUAUUGAAUAUAGGGGUAUAUACAUUGUUCAUAGCAUUUUGUAUUUCUGGUUUCACCUGUUGAUCCGCUCCCUUCUUGUGGACCUGGCCUAGUGAACCUGAAAUAAAACUACACGUACACACUGCUUAGGUAUGCAUAUGAUGAAACAUACUGGAGCUAAGUGCAAGUGUACAAAGUGUGAUGCGUCAUUUAUAACCCCAAAAUCAUUAAACAACCACUUUUUGCAGAAACAUCCUGAGCUUGCUACUUCUAUAUCACGUAAGAUACACGAAUGCACACAUUGUGAAUAUAAAACUACAUAUAAGGAGAAUUUAGCUGGUCAUAUGAUGAAACAUACUGGAGCUAAGCUCAAGUGUACAAAGUGUGAUAAGUCAUUUACAUACACACAAUCAUUAGACGAUCACAUUCUGCAAAAACAUCCUGGGCUUACUGCUUCUGUAUCUCGUAAGAUACAUAAAUGUACACAUUGUGAAUAUAAAACUACAUUUCCACACUGCUUAGCUAGUCAUAUGAUGAAACAUACUGGAGCUAAGCUCAAGUGUGCAAAGUGAUGCGACAUUUAAAUCCACACAAUCAUUAGACGAUCACAUUUUGCGGACACAUCCAGAGUUUGCUACUUCUGUAUCAUCUCGUAAGAUACAUAAAUCUACACAUUGUGAAUAUAAAACACCACGAAAAUAUAAACUGACUAAACAUACGAGGAACAUACAAAGUCAUGGUUAGUGCUUUUUUGUUUCCUUUGUGGUUAAUGCGUGCCUUUGCAGGCAAAUUAAAGUUUCAAUUUUAACCCUUGUAGUUUAAGAGAUGUCAUAAUGACAAUUCAAAGGAAAUAGUUAUACUAAUACCCAAAUUUACCGCCCUUUUCAAAUCCAGCACAGCAGAGGUGAUCCAAAUCUCAAAUUAAGGUUUUGUUACUACACUGAUUUGGUGAAACUUUAACUAGCGGAUGCGAUCUGGCUACUUUGCUACACAACCAUUUUUCUGGCUUUCACAUUUUCUCAAAUAUACUCUGCAUUCUGUCACCAUCAAAGCAUGCUGGCGAAGUUGCAGCAUGGUCGUUGAGUCAUACCUUUAUAGGUACCGCUAUGAGUGUCACUCACAGCACCAUGUCAAGUCCACUUGUAAUGAUUUCCCAAUACGACAUAAAAUAUAAAGAUGUUUUCAAAAGUUAUAGUCAGACAUAUGAGAAACACACCCUAAAAAUCAUUAGAUCAGUUUGUCUUGCCAGUACAAAAUGAUGUAAAUACUUAGCCAACCAUUUCAGUGAAAGCUUUAUUGGAGCCGCUCCAAAACUUCUCUCAAACAACCAACUUUGAGUUAUGAAUGCGACUUAGAUCUAAAAAAUAAAUCAAUAUUUUUAACUCCAAUGGAUCAUGAUAAAUUGCUCAGAAUUGUAUGCACACUGAAAAACACAAAAAGUUGCUAUGGGAAAACGUGUAACAUCGACUCCUCCUCGGCCAAAUAGUACUGGUGUUCCUCAAUAUAUAUAUAUAUAUAUAUAUAUAUAUAUAUAUAUAUAUCCACCACCACGAAAAACACGCAAAAUUUCAUCUAUGCAGAUGAUACAACCAUUUUGAUACCAUAUAAAGGAGCAUCUGAUAUCCGAAUCUUGAUAGAGACACAAAUAAACCAUAUUCAAAACUGGCUGGAGGUGAAUAAGUUAGUAUUCAACAUAUAAAUUCAUGAACCUCUAUGUGUCAAAAGCGAUAUAAACCUUAUGGGUGUCACAUACGAUAGCUGUCUUAAGUUUGAUAAGCACAUUGAAAAUAUGGCUUCACAACUCAAUUAAGCAUGCUAUGCAUUACGAGUGCUUACUUGUCAACUGCCCUUGCAAGCCGUGCAGACUGCCUACUUGCCUAUUCUAUUAUGUCUUAUCAAAUAACACUUUUGGGUAAUAGUUCCGCGGCCACCAGAAUUUUUAUCAUACAGAAGAGGAUAAUAAGAACCAUCUUCAAAAUGAAACUUAGAGAGUCAUGUAGAAGUCUAUUUGAAGUCAACAGCUUAUCAACAUUGCCGGGAAUUUAUAUCUAUAAUACUCUACUUUUUAUCUAAAACCAUAAAGAAAUGUUUGAAAAAACGUCUUCAACUACAGUUAUAUUACUCGCAAAAGUAAGAAAUUCAUCUACCCAUCACAUAAGCCAAAUUAUACCGGAAAGUGUCCAUAUUGCUGAAGCUUUACAAUGCUUUACCUCAACAUCUUCAAUCCAUUUCAGCGCUCCCUAUAUUAAAAAAACAUUGAUAUAUAUAUAUAUGCAAAAUGGAACCAUAUAGUAUUGAAGAGUUCUAUACUCUAGUGAACCCGUGUUACCAAUAUCCUUGUGUUAUAUGUUGUCUAGGUCUAUGUUAUUUACAUUGUACCACAAUGAGGUGUUAUCUUUGUUGUAAAGUUUGGCCUGGUUUUUCAAUCGCAAAUUAACUUGCGAGUUGGGUAACGUGUAAAAUUGCGGUUUAACUACGUCUAUCAAUUUCACCGAUAUCUGGCACCUGUAGUUAAAGUUUAGGGCAAACCUUAAAAACGCUUAUUGAAGUUCAACUUCGGGUUAGCAGUAAAUCUGUGGUUAACCUGGGUUUGCGAAACUGGUCCUUACAGGAUUGAUUUAUUUGUUAGAUGAAUUAGAAUAAACUCCUUAUUUAAUAUUUAUGUUUGUUUUACCAUCCGUGUUAGUUUAUUAAGUUAUACAAGGUCUGUCGCAAAGUAAACAGGAAUUUUGAAAGAUAUCCGAUAUAAGUAGCGCCAUCUAUUAUCGGAGACUAGCGCUGGAUAGGUCCCUACAUGUUUCAUUUUUGCCCUAUGAAACUUUCAUGACAAUCGAACCACUUCAUGCGGAGUUAUCGCGCUCAACGUGACGGUACCUUUUUAGCAUCGGUCAAAAAAUGAGCAUCGAACAAAGAGCCAAUAUUAAGUUCUGCGUUAAACUUGGCAAAACAUUUACCGAAAUGCAUCAGAUGUUGAUGCAAGUGUAUGGUGAUAAUUGUUUAUCCCGUAGCCGAGUCGAUUGAGUGGUUUACUCGGUUCAAAAAGGGUCGUGAGUCGCUGGAAGACGAUGAACAUGUUGGCCAGCCGAAAUUUGUGAUUACGUCAGAAACUAUUGAAAAAGUGCGAGAAUUUAUUUGUUUCUACGAUUCGAAAGGAAUUAUUCACAAAGAAAUCAAGCUACCGGUCCAAACAGUUAAUGCUGUUUUAUCUUGGUGUUGAGGCGUUUGCUGUCGCGUAUUCGUCGUGUUCGACCAGAAUAUCGCGAAGAAGAAAGCUGGAGCUUGUGGCACGGUAAUGCACCAUCUCAUCGAUCGAGGAUUGUGUCCGAUUUAUUGUAAAAAAAUGGCAUUUAACCAUCAACCACUCCCCAUAUUCUCCUGAUAUGGCACCGUGUCACUAUUUUCUGUUCGGUAAACAUUUGGUCAUGAGGGGGCAGCGGUAUGCCAACAUAGAAGCCAUCCAAAAGUCGACGAUCAUUUUGAAGGACAUCCCAGUCAGUGAGCUAAAAUCAUCAUACGAAAAUAUUUUGGUCCGUGCAAAUCACUGUAUCAACUGUGAAGGAUACUAUUUUGAAUAAAAUAAAUUCCAUUUUCUGAUAAAAAUUGUUUGUUCACUUUUUUCUAUGCCCUGUUUACUUUGCGACAGACCUUGUAUUAACUUACAAUCGACCUGAGCGAAAGAAAGCCUCCAGUUUAUGUGUAAUUAACUUGUAUGUUUCCUAAUUUCGCAUUCAAGUUAUAGUUGCUAAUAUUAUGUGAGGAUUAGAUGAUUCAAGUCGAUAUUAGCACAUUUGUUUAUCUACAUGUUCGGUAUAUUACUGUUAUGAUAUGUUGUAC